AUGCAAACAGCUGACCCAAGCAGUCAAUUAUUUACUAGAUCUCUUCAGACGAGAAGAACUUGGAUACGAGUGGCUUCGCCCGCUACACGCCCUCAGAACGACGAGCAAGUCCCCUCAGUUCUUAUAUCAUCUGAAGGGGCUUCUAGCGUAUGUUUAGAAUCCCUUCAUGAUGUGGCAGCCAAGGAGGGAGAAGGGGCCAGCGCCCCUUGGGGUUGCUAUGCUCGUAUCCCGUUCACAGAUCGAAAAAUUCAAUUAUACAAAAGGCAGACCCAUUAUCUCUCGAACGAAGUGGCCUCGCUAAGGAGGGUGGUGCACAGCGCUGUGGGGCCCCUAAUUCAGCCUACCUGUGAUCGCUGCGUCUCGAGUGUAUCCAGAUAUACAACCUGCGAACGGCAUUUCGCACACUAUUUCAUCUUCCGUCACUUACUGCACGAGGCAGCGUGGAGGGUCCAGCAGGCCACAGGUCUGUCUUGUGACCCACUUGCAAUGCAAGAUGAUACAAAGUAUUCGUAUGCAUCUGCUGCUACCACACACCAGUCAGUUGGUGCUGGUGGUGGCGCACAAGGUGCGGCCCACGCUUUUCCCCUUAGAAUCGGUGGCAAGAUUGAAUCGUUGAAUAAUAUCUCCCCCAAUGAUUCCAGAGUGACCGUGAAGCACGAUGCCCGUGCGACUUCGGUCCUCGACCAUUACGCGCACCUUCUGCUCGCCGAACACCCCAGAGCAGUAAUGCAAAGAGCCUACGUUCACGUGUUUAGCUUUAUUCGUGCUCAUAAUACUAUCAGUCCCGAUAAUUAUAAGAGCUUUGCACCCCUGGCGUUUUCCCUCUUCAGCUGUCUACCAAGUUUUUCGUUACAUCGCUGGUGGCCAGAGGUGUACUCCAUGCCUUCACAGGGACGCUCUUUUAGAGUGGCAGUAGAGCUCCUUCAUUUUUCCUUAGAUGAGUUUCACUUGUUCUUAGAGGAAGAUACCUUAGCACGGGAGCUACUUUCUGCAUGGGAAGCGUACGCGUACACUGCGCGCUCUGCUGGUGUGGACCAGCUCACUGCCAGGCUCCACAGUUGCCUUCAGUUAUCCAAAGAAAUGCGAAAAAGAUGUGGGGCUCCACAGGAUCUUCGUCCUCUUCUGCAGGCAGCAGUAGCAGUCGUCUCGGUGUACCUCCAAACACAACCACCUGAUCAGCAGCAAGUGCUCUUGUUACGAGAGCUACAUAUGCUCCCACAAGUUCUGCAGCAACUGCAAAGCGUCAAAAACAGGCUCUACAAUUUAAAGCUGGAGCACCCUCAAAUUUGGAAGGAGUGGUUAAAUCACAUGCAACAAAGGCGUCUCCUACGCGUACAGCGUGACCAAGAAUGGAAGCAGCUCGUUUCAGCUCAUGCAGUUGUGGAGGGAUUGUGGGAGCUAAUACAACAGCAACGCAAAAAACAGAAAUUCGCCUCCACUGGUCUUGAGCUGCAGCUAAUGCUCCUCUCACGGGAUGAGGCUGCAGACAAGCAGCAGUUAGUAGAAGAAGUAACAGCCGAGCUAGAAGAGUCACUGGCGUACGCUGUUGACACUUUGAACUCGCAGCAGCUGGCCAACCUCGAUAUUUUCCAGGUUAUUUCUUCGAUCCUCAGCAAACUUUCAAUUGGGCCUGUCCGUAGGCCCGGAGUUUCCUUUUCCUUAAUGCUUAUAUCUACUAAGGUGAACCCAAUUGGCUUACCGCUGUGGCCUGCUAACGAACGUGUAAGAGACCCCCAUGAUACGCUGAGCAUCGAGGCUUCACAAGAUCAGCAGGAACGCGGGCACGCAGACAAAUAUUUGCCUUCGCGAGAGCAAUUUAGACGCUUUCUCUGCCAGCGCCUUUCAGCUGCAGUCUCUUGCCAGAUCAACGGCAGGCCUGUCGGAUGUCAGCAAAACAUCGCGUUGCAGUUUCCUUUUUUCUCAACGUCUACAAUACCUUCCGUGGCGUCUUCACUGCCGCUUGAGGCUCUGCCUGUGCGACAAGGGCAGCAGCUUCAGACGGAAUCGGUGGUGGCCUCCUUUCAAGCCACGAUCGGCGAACCCCUUUCUUCCAUAUCUCUCCAUAUUGGGGCUACUCAUCCUGGUCUUUCAAAGCCAGUGGAGGCCAGGGUCGACGUUCCACUAUCGCAGCAGCUUGAGAAGCUGGCCUUUGAACUCCUGAGUGGAAGUUAUGCCGAUCCCGAAAACUCGAGGGAACCAUUGCACCAACCGUUGACAAAGGGAUUCACCGUAAAUUCCACUGUAUGGAGGCCACAAGAAAUGUUACUGCACUCACUGCCUUCAGUUGUCUCCCCUCAGGCACCAUCGGCCGGAGAUACAGAGCUGAAUAGCCAUCGUCAAUUCAAUAUCCACACCUCGGCAGCCCCCGCGGUCUCACAAAACUCUUCCGCAGAUGUUCUCAGAAAAGUCACUGCAGCGUCCAGCCUUAAAGCAGAGCAGCGCAACCAUGCUGUGCCUCGCAAAAAUCAAAGAGGGGCUCAUGCGGCUCGCGUCCACACAGAGUCAACGCAUGGAAACUCCAAAAGUUAUGGAAUGGAUUCUGAAAUUGGCAAGAGUAUAACCUGUGCUACUGCGAAGACAAAAUUUGCGGAGCAGCAUCCAGAUACUGCACUGCUUCGUAGCACUAGGUCAAAGUCCUGUAAGGCCACAACACAAUGCCUAGGCACCUCUAGUUCUGCAUCUGCGUCGGAAGACUUUUUCGCGGGCUCUUUCUCAUCCAAGGUAUCAUCAACUGGUUUGGGAGAAAACAAGGACAAGGAAGUUUCCCCGACUAGCUCACAAUCCUUCUUGGUUGCAACAAAGUAUGACGAAAUUCAUUCAGAACUUGAAACUUUCCACACCUCGCAUCCAUCUGAUAUCAGGGAUAAAAAAACUAGUAGUAGCCUCUUCAAGUUUCCAGUAUCACAUUUGUUGCACCUGGCUGUAUUUACAUUGAAUGCAGGUGUCGAAUGGAUAGCAGUUCACAAGUCGAAAUUAGAGGCACAAGCCGCUCAAGCCGCAGAAAAUGUUUAUAAAAGGCGGAGGCUUGUUUUGCGUGAAACGGCUCUAGCACCGCAUGUCACCUCUCUCUCAACCGUACAGCUUCACGAGGCCCCAACUGGUGUAUCUGCCGGAAAUACGAGUGGGGGCUCACCUUCGCUCCGUGCUUUGAGUCUCCUUGCUCACUCGAGGGUCCAGCUGUACCCGCUCUCAAAGCUGAAAACGUCUUUCAGGCUAUGUCUAACGAUGCAGCGCCUUCACGCAGGAACACUCUCCGAGCAACUCCCCGGAACGGACAUGGAAACCAUCCUUCAAGCUGUUUUCAAGGGAUAUCCACAAAAUCCUCAGACAGUCUUCUCGCUAAAAUAUUCUCUGGCUCAGUGCAAGCCACACGCCUGCUGGGGAGGCUACUAUGAACGCAAGCUACGGUAUUAUUUGCUCACCACGACCGGCACAGCAGCUGCAAAGCUGUUGAUACCCUGGCCUGAAGAUGAGGCUGCAGCUACGUUAGGAUUGAAAAAGGAUUCUGAAGAGCAGCAGGCAUUGCCAUCUCGCGUUCACCAAGCUGACUCUGACUGCUCCGUAGCGCAGCAGCUUCACAUGCCGCUUGAGAGACCUAUUAUCCCCUAUUGUUUAGUGGUUAAGGAGGUCCGCAAUCCGAUAGCCUUUCCGGGAUCUAGAGGAUUGUGGCAGCUAUGUGAUCCGUUUAGGAUAUGUCAGUACAUGUCGCAUGUAGUCCUGCCUCUACUUUUAAAGAAACGCAUCAUGAGGAAGGAGAAGCAAGAGCAAAUGAGCCGUCGGUCAUAUUUAUGGGAGGCGAAGGACGAGAAACUUCCUCAGAAAUCUUCGUCCUCCAGUCAUACGCCCACGACCGAAGUUAGGGCUUUUGUUCGAAGGCUGUACAAUGUGCCGCGACGUCAGCUACCAGCAGAUCUUAACGAGUGGCACAGCCGCCCAAAAGUCGUGGUACGGAUUAGUUUACCGGAGAUUGGGGUUGACAUUUCUUCAUCUACCAGAUCAGCAGAAGGCGAGAACCCUUUCAUCGAUCAGGCUCUAUCCUUCGACCUAUCUGGAGUUCAAUGCUACGAUAUAGCGCGGCUGUACAAACAGCGUGGCCGCAUAUACAUUUCUGUUUUUGACGAAAUGCGGCUACCCGAUAGUAUCGCCUGCACCCGGCACAACUCAUUGCACCAGCAGGAUUAUAAAGAUACUCUCAGAGAGGAGCCAAGUAUCCUUUUGGGGUCUUUGGAUUUGGCGUGGAGUUCGCUACUUCUCUCUGCUACGGAAACUGCUGUUCCCUCAAUGGAGUCUGCUGCGUUUGCAAAUGCAAUCCCUCGUACCUACAAGCAGCGAAAUAGGCUGCGGAAGCUUUUUGAAAGGCGUAUUCACAUUGCGGAGGACGGCACUUGUUGCCUGUGUAUCUUGAAUGGCUGCUUUCGUCUCCAGCAGCCCAGAGGACUCCUCAGUCAUGAUAGAGGGGUACAGAAAACGAGCGCAGCCUCCGGCGGUGCAGUAUCCCCACACUCAAGAGCAGCUCAUGCAUGCGUAGCAACCCCAUGUGAUAUGUUUAUAUCUCUCAAAAUCGAAAUCCGAGGGCUGGCAUUAGCAAUCGGCUGCGGUUUUCCUCGCAUGCUGUUUCUUUUUGCUCCCCUUCAGUAAUGGACAGCCUCGGAGGAAAUUCCUAUUUGGCUGACUCCUCAGCAGGCUUUGGAAGCUGGCUGUUGCCCCGCCCGAGUCCAUCCUUCGAAGAAGCUUUUACUGCCAAUAUGCUAUAUUGGCGCCUGCUCACGUCUUGUAGGACACAUUGUCGGAGAGGGCGAGAGACAUCUUGUCUUGCGGUUAGCGCAAUCGGGGGCAGCUCAGCUUUGGGAUCCUCUUACCGGAGAGGCUAUCUGCAUCAGUUCCAACGACGACCCGCAAGAGCAGCAGCAGCUACAGUCUCAGUCGCUUUCAAAAGACGAGAACCUUUCGAGGCGAAAGCUUGAUGUUCUACUGGCACUGCAGGGCAUAACUGCUCAACACAACCGCCUGCAGCAGCAUCUGGCUUUUAGGCUUCAUGCAGCUCAACAAUAUCUUUCUGUUCAGCAGUGCAAUAUCGAGCAAAAGCUACAAUGUUUCAUGUACCAAGAAAAACAGCUAAACGGUGAACUAAGCACCGCGUCAGAGGGCAAAACUGCGUUGGAGGAUGUCCAGCAGCUCCAAGUUGCCCUUGCCGAGCUGAAAACCAAUGAGAAUGCGCUCAUCAGUGAAUGGCGCACAAUUCACGCUGCGGAAAGUAAUCCUUCUCCUUUCAUCUUGGGUGGCCCCAGUCAGAAAAGUACAAAUGGACUUUGGCCGGUAUCGCAUCUUUCCUUGGUUGUUGGGCGCAAUAAUGCCUAUAUCAACCUGCAGCCCAUGCGAUGCCUAAAUAGCCGCCACAGCUCUAUGUCAGCUCCUGUGGUCUUACGGGCUCAUGGACAAGCUCUCAACGAGUUCGCACCAUAUAGUGCUUCACCUGAUAUCUUAGACGAUGAAAGUCUCAUUCGCCAGUCUAUCCGCAGCCGCCUACGGAGGCAGCACCGCUGGAGGUGUCUGGGGCUACCUGCACUAGGCCACACGCUAAAGAGAGCUGCAAAGAGUGUGGCAUCGGCUACUUUGUGGUUAGGCUGUUGCAUUAAAUGCAUUGGGAUCCUCUGCUGCGACAGGCGGCUACGACCCAAGAGUAAAGUGGUGACUCUCGCGUCUUGCCGUUUCGCGCUACAAAGUCCAAGUGAAUGGGCUCCUCUAUUUACUGACGUAGUGAGUUUCACCCUGGCUCACCUACACGGGAUAGAACUCGAGAACCAUCGGCAGCAAGCAGCGACGACUGCUCACGAACGGACAUUCGAAGCAGAAGCACGAGCUGGCUCACCUUGCAGGGGCGCCCCUGAUAGGUGUGACGAAGCAGGUGCUGUAAACUCAGCCGAGGUUAUGGGUAUUUGGGGUACUGAAGACCCUUUAGUGGAUCUUGUGCCUCCCACAAGCGGUUUCUGCAUUUUGCACGCUGCAGGCCAUGUAAGCCCCUUCCGAAAGGAAACGCAUUAUGAGGAGGCUGAUCCGCCUACCCUUGCGGAAGCUGAACAGCAUCUACAACGUGCCCUACAGCAAUUUUUGAUUGAGCAUUACGCCGAGGCAUAUCUAGCGAGUGAAUCUAAACUAGGACAAGAAGAUCUCAAUGGAGAGAACCUCACUUACGUUCAACAGCUGCUCUUUACGGCUGAACCUCAUGAAGCUGUGUACGAACUUCUGGAAAGCUACGAGGAAGCCCGGUGCACUAAUUCGUGGCAGCAUAUAGCGGCAAACCCCCAAUACGAGGCUGACACGGCAGACAAAGCAGUGGCAUGCUUGACUUCCCCCACAAGAACUACGGAACACAUGCUGCAAGAUACAUUGAGGCGCUUAAUUUCCUCAAGAUUCCCUGGAAGGCCAAUACGGGGCAUCGUUCAUCAUUUUGUCGAAGUAGAUGCACUAAAAUUAGCAACACAGCUAAUAGAUGCUCGCGUAUUUGACUGGCGAACUACCGGUAGACAAUCUAUUAAAGGCACCUCAGGGAGAGGGCAUUCAUUUGCAGACUUCCAAGGCCCGAUCAAGGCACAAGAGUUUGCUAUGGGCUGUCUAGUUGUCAGGCUGUUUCCUUAUCCGUGUGGUCUAUACAGUGGAUGGCUAUUUGCUGGAACAAUUGACUAA